AUGGCGGGCUUGGGCUGGUCGGAUCCUUGGGGGGCUGGCGCCCAGGGCGGCGGCGGUGGUGGCGAGCCCGCUGAGGCUACCGGUGAGCAUUCCUCCGGGGAUGCCUACGCGCAGUCGCUGUGGGCGGACCCUGCCUUCCGGCGUGCCUGGGGCAGUGACCCCAACUUCGACGAGGAGUACGACGCCGCUUAUCGCGCUACUGCUUCGGUCGAGCCGGCUGUUCGCUCGGCGGAGGAAGUGUCUACCGGCCCAGACUUCUAUGGCCGGUACGCGACUCCUCCUCGCCCGGUUCCGGAAGACUUGGGCGGCCUCUACACCUACCAGCAACUCUCUGGCGGAUACCGCGGCCCAAAUGCGCGUUACGGCACCCCAGUGACUGCUAUACGUCACCAAACUCUUCUUCAGCAAGCCACCGGGGCCAGCAGCACCCCAACGAAGCGCAAUCGCAAGCAUGCUCCUGCCCAGCCAGGCACUGGGAUCACUACGGGCCCGCAAGAUGAGAGACGCGAUGCAUACCAGCAGCUAACGAACCAACGUCUCGAGCAGCGUCUCGACAACCUACCCCCUUUUCGCUUCCCUUCCAACGAGUCGGGAGAGCCAUCCAGGUCGCCUCGCGCCAUGGCGACAUCACCGAGCGCAGCAUCGGAUCGCAGUCGCUCGUCGCAAUCUACCGUCCGAGCUGAAAUGCAGCCUCCUUUGCCCACCGAAGCUGCCCGUCCAGCUCUCACCCUCGCGAACAUUACGGACAAUGAUCGUGACCUGCUGGAGGCUGGUAUACUGUUGCCCCAAGACUUCGGCACUACGUAUGCCCAACUGGUGGAAGUCGGUUUGCUGUAUCCCGACGCCUUCAUCCUCAGCGUGAACGCUGCAGGGUACGACAGCGAGGAUGAUGAGGAGGAAGAGGAGGAGGAGAUUGUGCCUACCGGCGCACAGAACGGCUCGGCCAAUGGCACGUCGAGCCGCGAGAUCGCCGCCCAGGCGGAAUCUCUCGCCGCCAACCCGGGGCACAGCCCCCUGAACCGUGGCACCCCGUCGGUGGUGUCCGAAGACUCCUCCAAUGGGGGCGUUGCCCUCCCGCCGGCCACAUUGGCCAUCACCCAGCCCGAGACUGGCGCGGAGCGCGACGGCUCUCCGUCGCGCCUCUCCGUGGCUUCUGGGCGGAGUGGCGCCUCGGAGAACGACGAGUACUUCUACCCCCCUGCGGGUGCGAGGGAGAGAUGGCUCGCCGAGCAAGCCCAGCGAAUGCAGCUGGCUCAACAAGCGCAGCAGGCGAUUCCAGCACCGCCUCAAGUGGAGAUGACACAGAUCGUCCCACACCAACAUCUCACCCCCGUCGAAGACAUCCUGCGUGAGCAGCAGUCGAACAUCCCUCAUGAGCAGCAGCCCAACGACUCCCCCGAGCGGCAGUCGAUCCACUCUGGCCAGGAGACGUUAUCAGAGUCUUCAGAAUCCAUCGGGACAGCUUCCACCAGAGUUUCCAGCAUCUCGUCAAUGGAUCACAUCCACCUGGCUGCCCUCCCAACGUACAUUCUCCCCAACGUCUCUACCAACUACGCCAUGGGCACGCCUCCGAACUCGAAGAGUCAAAUACCGACACCAACUCGUGCAACAGCGCUGCCGCCGCGGAUCUUCAAGCUUCCAUACAAGGUGGUCACUCUGCGCCACAUGGGCACUGGUGAGCUCAAGUCCGACUUCUACCUGUUGAAGGCUCGCAUGGACAAUAUCGCCUUUCGAUCUGCCGCCAAUCAAUUCAACAUGCUGCAGCCAACCACCAUGACCCAUCUUCCUUCGUUCUUGGGCCCGGCCAUGAUCACCAAUUGGUACAACAACAUGCAGAACCCCGCCAAGCAGAGGCUCACUGCCGACGAUUUGAAGCUCAGGCUCUACGAGCUUGCGGAGCAUAUGGCCGCGCGAGAUUCUGAGCCUGACUUGCAAGAGUCUGGGAAAUACGACUCUGCAGAGCAGGACGUGCCGCUCAUGACAGACCUUAGUCCGGAACCCGCUCAACAACCUCUUCCCCAAGCUGCAGACGAGCACGUCACGCCACCUCAUUCAAAUCCGCCCGUCUGGUUCCCGCAGCAUGGCGCGUACACGGCUCCAUUCGCUCAUGGCCAAGGCUACACUGCCUCCAACUCUUCCACUCCAAUCUUCGCCGCCAAUCUCCAGACUCAGUCUGCUCCCGGAGUCAUGCAACCGCUCCAUCAAGACUCUCCAUUCAAGAGCAAGUGGAUUCAACCCGAUAGCGCCGAUGACAUCUUCACGGCCUCGCCAAACAUCAGCAUGCCGCCUCCGCAGAUUGCAAACAUGUAUCUUGCCAGGAGCAUUCAUCAAGUGAACUACACCGACCACCUCAGCGCAUGCUUUGGGGAGAUUGAGUUCGCCGUGCGCAACAUCCCCGGCAUCACGGACAUUCUCUUCCGCUCAAAGAACGGUGAUACUGGCGCUCAAGCUUUCAUUUCGACGGCGCAGCGCUACCUCAUCAACGGCAAAGAGGCUUUUGUCAUUCUGGAGGAGCCUACAGAGACGUACCUCCUCGUCACCGGCAUCGUCAACCGCUUGCUCUCCGACAAGGUCUUUAUCUCCGGCAUCAUCACCGAGUUUCCCUGCAUGUACCAGCAGGAGUACCUCCGGCGCUACAACGCGGACUGCGAAGCUCAGACAAACGAGCACGGCGACGACUAUUCGAUGCGCCACUUCUUCGCCAUGCAGCGUGCCGAGCUGGCCUACACAAUCACCCAGAUGCACGGCUUCGGCUACUUCGUCGAGUACUACGUCGCCCGCGUUGUCGACGAGAUCUGCCAGGAGAUGCACAUCAUCAUCCCGCAGUUCUACCUGCUCGCUUUCAAAGUGAACAUCAAGCGCCCCGUGACCGAGGCCAUUCGCAUUGCCAUCAGCAUGCUUUCAGACCCUCGCUACUUCGAGAUCUGGUUCCCGCGUACCGGCUGCAACUGGGACAAUAACUACAUGACGCACCGCAACCCGGAGCUCGUUGGCCAGGUGUUGGGCAACGACAAGUCGCCGUACGCCGUGCGCUGCACCGCUCGUCCGAUCGUCAAGGUCACCAACUACGCUAGCGAGGAGCCAGUUCCUGAAGUCAUUCACCGCGCCGAGGUGCUGGUGAGCGAUCAGAAGAACAAAUAUCGCGUGCAGCUCACGCUGGAGGAGGCUUCUUCCCCUCCCUCCCAUCGCCCGAACCAAGGCCCUUCACCCAACAGUCGCCCCAGCUUGGAGCCAUCUCGCACCUUCGGCCACUAUUAG